AUGUCCGCCCCAAGAGAAGCCAAGAAGAGAACCACCAGAAGAAAGAAGGACCCAAAUGCCCCAAAGAGAGCGUUGUCUGCGUACAUGUUCUUCGCUAACGAGAACAGAGAUAUCGUCCGCGCCGAGAACCCCGGUGUAACGUUCGGGCAGGUGGGCCGUCUACUGGGUGACAAGUGGAAGGCGCUCACCGACGAGGAGAAGCAGCCUUACGAGGCCAAGCACGCGGCCGACAAGAAGAGAUACGAGUCCGAGAAGGAGCUCUACAACGCCACCAAGGCGUGA